AUGUCGUAUGCGAACCCUCCGCCUAUCAGCCCCGGCGGCGGGCCCGGCGGCAUGCCCUCAAAACGUGACAAGCGCCGAACUGCACUCCAGGAGCGGCUCCAGGAACUGACAGGGCAGUUCAGCAAUAACCGGGACAUCCAAUUCCGCCAGCAGUUGCAUGCACUCCAGUGUGAUAUGACACUCGUCAACAAUGCUGACCUCUACACAAUGGGACCGCUACCGGAUAGCGCGGAGAGUAUCGCUGCGUUGAUCGAGGAAACUGUGGGUGGCGGUAGCAAGUUUGCGAAGGAGAUGGCUGGCCUUGCUGGUCACUGGUAUUCCAAGUUUGUGCAGCAGAUCAACUCGAUCAAGGAGAUGAGAGAUUCUGAAUUGGUCACGACUAUGAACCGCUAUAACAAUGUCAUGGAACGACAACUGCGAGACCGUGACUUCCGUAUUUAUUUCGCCAAGGAAGAAUUUAAUCAGCUUUCCUCCACCCUCCGAGAGCGAUUGAUGCAGAAUAUCUCCGGCAAACGCGCUCGUCUGAUGCGUGAAAAGGAGCAGCUUGACAUCGCCGAUACCAAUGCCCUGCUUCUUCAUCCCAACCAGUUCAGCAUUACAAACCCCUCCAGCCCCGGAGGCAUUCACAGCAACCGCAAGACCCGACACACCCGUCACCGGGUUGACCUCGAAGAGCUCGGCAACGGCGUUCUCUCGGAGUUCAAUAAGCGCAAGCGAAAGGCUGCCGACGAGGACACUGGGUCGCCCGCGCGGGACGCGGGAGAUGCUACCCCUGCCAAGCGCAACAAGGCGGACAUCACAAAGGAACAGACGGCUCCUAAUUACACGAUCCAUACCCUCUUCACCGACAAAGAACUCAAUGCGCACGCAAACCAGGCGCACCUGGCGACUGUCCACUUCUUCUCUACCUCCAGACGCCCGGACCAUGGAUCUGGCGCAGUGACCAACGGGAACAAUACCGACGCCGAGGAUACUCCGGAGGGCACCAGCCGCGAAGACAAUGGCACCCCGAGUGCGGCUGACAUGAUGCGCACCGCCAGCCACAACUUCCACGCUACCCGAUCCACUCGCACCACUGCCGCUCACAGUGCUCUCAGCGCCCUGGCAGACCUCGCCGACAAAUCCGCUACCCGCCCGAUCCUCCCCUACCAUGUCCUCUCAAACCAUCACGCGCGACCCAACGGCAGUGCGCCUCCCUUGACCUCCCUCAUGAACGACGAAGUCGACGACGACUGCGCUCGCAUCAACCGUCUCACCAGCAAACCAUCCUGCUGGAUCGAUACAUCUCUAAUCGAACUCGUGUCUGCGCCUCUCCCCGCCUCCACAGAGUCAGUCGAUGGCAACCCUCUCGAUCCCGCUAUCUACAGCCAGCUGCACCCCGACUUCCCGGCCAGCAUUGGUGUCGACUGGACCCCCACCGCUCACAACCCCGGCUCCGAAAUGUUCCAACCGGCAGCCAUGGAGCGCGAACGCAGUCGCAAGCGAACGCGUAACCACUAA